ACCUUAAACCAUGACUCCAACCACUGACGUGAGAGAGUUCGUGGUGAACCAGAGAAACGGAGUGAAAGGUCUCGUCGACUCUCUGAAACUAACCGCACUUCCUUCUCCAUACAUUCAACCUCCUCAAGAACGCCUCACUUCCGACAAAAUCCUCUCAUCACCGUCGCAAAUUCCUGUCAUCGACGUGUCUAACUGGAAUGACCCGCACGUGGCUAGUGAGAUCUGCCAUGCAGCGGCUAAGCUCGGGUUGUUUCAGAUAGUUAACCACGGGAUAACUCCAGCGGAGUUGAAGGCUUUGAUUGCGGCGGCGCGUGGUUUUUUUGAGUUGCCAGCGGAAGAGAGGAGAAGGUACUGGAGAGGAAGUUCAGUGUCGGAGACGGCGUGGCUGACCACUAGUUUCAAUCCUUACAAAGAGAAUGUUUUGGAGUGGAGAGACUUCCUCAAGUUUGAGUUUCUUCCUCAGCGACAUGGCUUUGAUGCCACGUGGCCUCCUGUCUGCAAGGAACAAGUGACAGACCAUUUCAAGAGGAUGAAACCAAUCGCCAAUAAUAUCUUAACCAUACUUAUGAACAAUCUAAACUCAACCAUCAACGAGUCUAGUCAACGAACUCUAAUGGGAACAAUGAGGAUGAAUUUCAACUACUAUCCUCAAUGUCCUGAGCCAAGCCUCGCAAUAGGAACUGGUCGCCACUCAGACAUCAACACCCUCACUCUCCUCCUACAAGAGGACGGUGUCUUAAGCAGCCUCUACGCUCGAGCCACCGAGGACGGGGAAAAUUGGGCUCAUGUCCCUCCAAUUCCUGGAGCAAUUGUGGUUAAUAUUGGAGACGUGUUACAGAUUAUGAGCAAUGAUAGGUAUAGGAGCGUGGAGCAUUGUGUGCUGGUCAAUAAAUCUUGUAGCCGGGUUUCUAUUCCGGUUUUCUGCGGACCGGUUCAUGAUUCGGUUAUUGAGCCGUUACAAGAGGUGUUAGAGAACAAUGAGAUGGCUCGGUACAGAAAGGUUGUGUACUCGGACUACUUGAAGGAUUUUUUUGAAAGACCCCAUGAUGGAAAGACGAGUAUUGAGUCGAUUAAAUUUUAAGGAUGUGGUUUAUAAAAGGGUUUAAAUCAGACCAAGACUCAAAACCUCUUUCUUUUUAUUAUUGUUGUUUACUUUUUCAACGGUUUGCGUUAAAAUAGCAUUUAAAAUAAGGACAUGAAGGGCUUUUUUUGGAA